UAAUUCCGAGUUGAAAGAAGAUCAGCUUGCUAAGAACGAUAUGUUGGAUGAAAACCAAGGGGAUGAUGUUAAGAAAAUUCCAAAUGAAGAUGUUGUGGCGAAGUCUGGAGAAAUGGGCAAGGAUACAGAUGAUAUCGAAUGUAUUUCCUAUGAGACGGUGGUGGAAGAUGUUGGUGCUGGAAAUGCCCCUGCACAAAAUAGGCAACUUCAAACUGAUUUUUUUUCCAAGGACAUGAUGCUAACAUAGGUGAUGUUCAACCGGGUGUGGAUGAAGAGAUGGAAGAUGUUGUUCACUGUGAUCAGGAUAAGAUGGUUAAAUAUAAAGAACAGGGUGCAGAAUCUUUCCUUGUGAGCCAUGAAACUCAUGGGAAUGAAAAAGCUUCUGAAACUGCUGCCAAACUGGAUGCUGAAGAAUCUUCACUUGCGAGCCAGCCUGAACCUUUUACACCCAAUUCUCUCAUCCGAUGUUCUUCUCAAAAGCAAUGUUAUGGAUGGCGUAUGGCGGCUUACGGCGGUAAGCCAAAAAACCGCCACAGGGAUAUGGCAUAUAUGGAUGUGGUUCUUGAGGCUUUCCUAGAACUUGAUGAGGUAGAAGUUUCUUUUCUUAGACCUAGACCUAGUAUAAGUGUUAGGCUCACCAAUAUGGGGGAAGAUGAUGAUGGAACACCUGAGGAUCAAGCAGCAUUCAUGAAGGAGCUCGAGCAUUUCUACAGGGAGAAGACAAUGGAAUUUAAACCACCCAAUUUUUAUGGGCAGCCACUAAAUUGUCUGAAGUUAUGGAGGGCUGUAAUUAGGUUGGGAGGCUAUGACAAGGUAACUGGAUCCAAGUUAUGGAGGCAGAUCGGAGAGUCAUUCCAUCCUCCAAAGACUUGUACUACAGUCUCUUGGACCUUUCGGAUCUUCUAUGAGAAGUCUCUCCUGGAAUAUGUAAGGCAUAAGACACAAAGUGGUGAGCUUCAACUCCCUGUAGUGUUGCUCCCUGAAGUUUCUGAAGUUUCUGCUGCUGAUGGUGAGGGAAAUGGUUAUCAAGGAUCAGGAUCAGGACCAGGACCAGGAAGGCCUAGAAGAGAUUCUGCUGCCCGUACUAUGCAAGGUUGGCAUGCCCAACGCCUUGGGGCUGAUGAGGUUGGGGAUCAAGUUAUGAAGGACAAGAAUCUCAACAGUAUGGCUAAGAAUGAGAAGAAUCUCAAAAGCAUUAGUUUAUUAAAACAGAAGAGACCAAAUGAAGUGGAGGAUUCAAGUUCAAGCAAAGCCACUCGAACUGAUGUAUCUAAGCAACUGGUGACAUCUGUUGUUGAUGUUGGGCCACCAGCGGACUGGGUGAAAAUUAACGUACGCCAAACUAAAGAAUGUUUUGAGGUUUAUGCCCUAGUGCCGGGAUUGUUACGCGAGGAGGUGCGAGUUCAAUCAGAUCCCGCUGGACGUUUGGUCAUAACAGGUCAGCCUGAGCAAGUUGAUAAUCCCUGGGGGAUUGCACCAUUCAAAAAGGUUAUCAGCUUACCGGCAAGAAUUCAACCAGUACAGACUUCAGCCGUGGUAAGCCUGCACGGACGUCUCUUUGUCCGCAUUCCAAUUGAGCAGCCAAAUAUGUAGACAACAAUUUAAUUCAUCGGUAACAUCUACAACUUGCUGAAUGUAUUUAUGGUAGUGGAUUAGGUUUAGUUGCUGACAAAAAUAUGGGGAGGCUUUUUUGGGCUGUAAGAUGAUGAAUUGCUGAUGCUUUGAUUCAUCUCUAACUUGUUUUAUCAGUGCUUGAAUGAACAGUUAGUUUUU